UUCUGCAAUCAAUCAAAAAUAAAUAUAUAUGAUUGUAAUGAUAGUGCAAAAGGGCAAAAAUCAUAGCGGAGGAUGGUGAAGACAGCUCAUCACACAAAGCAAGUUGGCGAGCAAAUAAUUUUGAUAUGAUAAAACGAAAAAGAAAAAAGGAAAGGUGAAGAAAGGUACUCUGAUUUAAGAGAAGCUUUCGCUUGGAUGCUCAGACAUAUACACUGGAGUUCAAAAAGUACAACACUUAUGAGUAUGCGUGCAAACUAAAUUAUAGCUUAAGCACUCGCAUUUCACUGUUCACUCACUUAAAAUAGGGUUUGGUCUUCCAAUCGUUGUUGAUUUCUCAUGGAGAAUUCUGCAAAUAAACAUAAAAGCCUGGAAGAAGAAGAAGAAGAAGAAGAAGAAGAAGAAGAAUCCAUAUCAGAUUCUCCACAUCAUUCUAAGGUGAGUUAUGCAGAGAGAAAAACUGAAGAGACCACUCCAGUUCAGCAGUCUAGGAGACCAAACCUGUCUUCUCUGCAAAUACCUGCAAGAUCUGCGGAAAGUUCAUCGCAUGAUUUUACUAGGAUAGAUAUUGGUUCGUCACAGAGUCCAAGUUCCAGUAAAGCAGGCCUGCCCCCUAGACCUAAUUCAGCCAAGUUCAAAUCAUCUAUGAGAAAUUUACUUUCCCAAAGAAGUUUCAGAGCAAAGAAUUUGCCCCACGAUGAUGAAAACACUAUUCUCAUUGUUCCAUAUACACCAUCAUCUGAUGUUCCAGUGGACAAACCUUCUACUUCAAGGUCAUUUUCUCUCAAUAAAGCUUUUCUCACCAUAUCAACAAAAGCAACAAAUUCUCUUCCAGUUACACCCAUUGGAAAGCUAGGUCUGCAAACUUUACAGGAGAGAGAUCCAAAUCAUUGUCCUGAUGAUUCCAAAAUAGAAGUCAAGCACCAUAUCAGACGCUCAUUAUCAGUUCCUCUAAAUGUAAAGUUAAGAAGUUUGAGGAGAACAGAAUCUAGUGGAGGCCUAUUUCGUAUAAUUUCUGCAUCCCCUCGUCCUGUGGCUGUUGACAAAGUCUUAGCAAACAAUGACUCCAAGACUGAAAUAGCUAGUGAAGGUGAUGGUGAAGACAUUCCUGAAGAAGAGGCAGUUUGCAGAAUUUGUUUGGUUGAGCUAGCAGAAGGAGGUGAUACUCUAAAGCUGGAGUGCAGCUGCAAAGGAGAGCUUGCACUUGCACAUCAGGAAUGUGUUGUGAAGUGGUUUAGCAUCAAAGGCAACCAGACAUGUGAUGUGUGCAGGCAGGAAGUUAGGAACCUACCUGUAACAUUACUAAAGAUACAAAAUCCUCAAACCAUUGUUAGACACCCCCAACCUGUUGCUCAACAACAGGAAGUCACUGGGUACAGGCUGUGGCAGGAUGUACCAGUUCUUGUCAUGAUCAGCAUGCUAGCAUACUUUUGCUUUCUGGAGCAAUUACUGGUCUCUGAGUUGGGGCCUCGUGCUCUUGCUAUUUCACUGCCUUUCUCUUGUGUUUUAGGUCUCCUUUCUUCAAUGAUUGCUUCCACCAUGGUGAGCAGGAGUUACAUAUGGGCUUAUUCUUCCUUCCAGUUUGCCGUAGUGAUCUUAUUUGCUCACAUCUUUUAUUCUGUUCUUAGUGUGAACCCUGUUCUCUCAGUCCUGCUAUCCUCUUUCACUGGCUUUGGGAUUGCAAUCAGCACAAAUUCUCUUCUUGUCGAAUACUUUAGAUGGAGAACAAGCAGGCAGCUGCAUUAUCCCCGUCAGCCUACAAACAGAGUAGUGCAGCAACAGCAGCUGCAACAUGAAAACCAGCAGACAGAUGAGGAAGAGCAUCAUCAGCAACAAAGACAAAUGGAAGGUUCUGAUGUUAGGCAUACUGGCAAUCCAUGGCAGCAAGAAGCCAUUCACCAGAAUAUAUAGAUAUGGCAAAAUUAUAAGAGUUUUGGUUUCCACUAAUGGUCCAAACAUUGCUUCUGGGUUGAAUUGUGAUUUGUACAUGAUAAAAAAUCUAAAACAAGGGACUCGAGAGAAGACCGAAUAUGUGUUUUGUUUGUAAUCGGUUGCAGAAGUAUGGCUGCACUCAAUAGUUGAUAGUUAUGAUAAAGGUAAGCUUGUUAUUGUAACAGAAAGUAGGAACCAUCAAUAUCUCCAAAUUCUGAAAUCAAGCCAUAUCAGUGCUGUAAAAGAAAACUUAUCGGUAAACCGCAUAUUAUUUGGCCUAAUUUAUGAAGACAUUGUAAAAGUUAUUGACGCGUGGUAAUAAGAAAAAUUAUCGUUAUUACUUA